UUGUAACUUUGUAAAAAUCAUUUACACAGCAGCGACCAGUGAGUUCAGUUCAGUGCAGUAAAAUAUUAUUUAAAUUAGCUUUUAAAUUCUAUAAAAAUGACCUCGCUAUUGCCUUUGAUUCUUGUAACUUUUAUUCUGCAACAGGCAUGCGUUGCUGCUCCAGAGGGUAAUUCCAUCAACAAAACUGAUCGUGUGUCGGAGCUGAAAAACGAUAAACUCAUUAUGGCAAUUAACAAGUUCCUCAAAAGCUUGGACCUCGAGCAAAUAAUCCGAGAGUUCUUCAGCCUCACUCAAGGUCAAAUGUUUAUGAAAUUAAAUCAGAUUAGAAACGGGUUGAACAUGAAUGGAGACGAUAUCAGUAUGAUUGUGAGCAAAAUCGCAAAUGCUUUUGAGACCUACACGAUUAAAGACUUGGCAAAUCUCAACGAAGCUAAAAUCUUUUCGAUAGUUGAAAAUGUGGUCAGUCGAAUCCGAUCUUACCAGGGUAUGAUCUUCGCAAAAAUUUUCGCUAUAGCCGACGAGCUGGGAGUUGAUAAAUCUAAGGCCUCCGAAUGUGUUUCCAAUUUUGUUGAUAUUAUCAAUAUUUUGUCGGAACCCAACAAAGUGGAGGAGGUUGUCAAAACAUACAAGAAUGAAAUCAUUGCGGAAAUGAAUAGAUUUGUCGAAACUGUUCAAGUGUACAAUCUAGAACCAUUGCUUCAAUCAAUUAUUAACGCAAUGAAGGAAGCACCUUCCAAAGAACGAUCUUAAUAUUUUUAAGAAAAAAUUUUGAUGAAUCAUUUUUAUUAGAUUAUUUUUGUCAGAUUUAUUUUGGAAUUUUCAUGUUAAUAAAAUUACAAAUAUAUUAAA